AUGGCUUGGGAGCGCACCCAGCAGAGAGGAGAGCUUCCGAAAUACGAUCAAACUAUUUUCUUCCUCAAGACGAACUGCCAAAUCUUGGAACAGUGUGAAUCAUCACGAGCUCUAUCUCAGCCAACAGUUCCCAAGACAAAAGCCAUGUCAAGCAUUAGCAAGAUGCCACCGCUAAAAACAAAUGCAGCCACCAAAAGCUCCAGUACCUAUCAAGCGUCGUGUCAAAUCUGUGGUGGUGGACAUUUCAACUUCCAGUGUGAAACGUUCAAGCAACUAACUGCCACACAACGGGCAGAAAAGGUUCGAGCAACUGGUUUGUGCUACAACUGCCUCCGCAAGGGCCAUCAGUCGAGAGAAUGUACGUCGAGCAAAACAUGCCAACGAUGCAGCAAAAGACACCAUACCCUCCUCCACGAAGAAACCGGACGGAACAACAGCCAAGAGGGCAAAACAAAUGUCGCUUGCCCACAGUCACCUCGAAUCGUCAAUCAAGAAGCUGCUAUUCAACCUCCUGUUCCGGUGGUGGAUCAAUCCGUAUCCACUACUUGCUCAAGUAACUAUGUUCCAGCAUCGAAGACCGUUCUACUGCUCACUGCAGUCGUCCAAGCCAUAGACAAACAUAACCGACCACAUCCGUGCCGAGUUUUACUUGACAGUGGGUCUCAAGUAAAUUUCGUCACUGAGGAAAUGGCAAACCGCCUUGGUGCUCCUAAGAUGCAAGCUAACGUCCCAAUCACAGGAAUCAACGCUUUGAGAAGCCUAGCUCGGGAUAAAGUCUUCAUUAAAUUUCGAUCAAGCUACGGAGGUUUUCAAGCAAAUAUUUGGGCUUAUUCUACGAGUCGAGUGACAAUAAGCCCAAUUGAGUGCCUGGUUACUCCCAAAGUGACUGGUAUUAUUCCGAACGUAAGGAUCGAUUUUGAUUCAUGGAAACUUCCAGAAGGCAUCCAGCUCGCCGAUCCACGUUUCUUCCAUCCAGAAAAGGUCGACAUGCUUAUCGGAGGAGAGCUUUUCUUCGAUAUUUUGAAGCCUGACCACUUUAGCCUUGGUACGAAUCUUCCUCAACUACGUGACACUCAUCUAGGAUGGGUGGUAGCAGGCGUGAUAAACGAGCCAUACAUUUCCAAUGCGGCAAUUCUACAUGCCAACGUUGCGUCAGUCAACUCCAUUGAGAAAACGAGGCAACAAUUCUGGAGUAUGGAGGAAGUACCGGAUGUGUCUCCUUUUUCACCCGAACAACUGUCCUGUGAAGCACAUUUUAUGUCAACAUACGAGCGUAAUGAAGCCGGCAGAUUCGUGGUGAGAUUACCCUUCAAGGACAACGUAGAUCUGCUAGAUAAUUGUUGUUCUCUGGCAUUAAAACGAUUUCUUAUGCUGGAGAAACGCUUAGAACGCAAUCCGGAGCUAAAGCAACCAUACUGCGAAUUCAUCAAGCAAUAUGAAGAACUCGGUCACUGCCGGGAAAUCAAGGAGGCUGACGAUCCACCGAAUUUGAGCACCUACUACCUUCCACACCAUGCUGUUCUACGACCAUCGAGCUCAACCACCAAGUGUCGUGUGGUAUUCGACGCUAGUGCCAAAUCGGAGGCGUCUAAAUUAUCGCUCAACGAAGUGCUACAGGUCGGUCCGGUGGUGCAAAACGGGAUAUUUUCUAUUACGUUGCGAUUCCCAACGAGGUGUUUGGUACAGCUAGCUAAGGAUGAUGGCGCUGAUUUUCCUAUCGGUGCUCGCAUUUUGCGUGAAGACUUUUACGUCGAUGAUGCCCUGUCUGGUGCCAACACUAUAGAAGAAGCCAUCGAGUGUCAACAUCAACUAAAUUUUCUUCUUGCUCGAGGUGGAUUUCACAUCCACAAAUGGUGUUCAAACUCGAACGAAUUCCUCGAACACAUACCACCAGCCGAUCGUGAAAGGAGGGUUCCAUUAACCGAAUAUGGACCGAACGAGGUGAUAAAGGUGCUUGGUUUAUUCAGUUGUAAGCCGAAAGAUAAGCCAGCCACAAAACGAGAAAUUUAUUCUGAGGUGGCAAAGUUAUUCGACCCACUUGGGCUUUUCGCGCCGGUUAUCGUUAUUGCCAAGCUAUUGGUACAACAGCUGUGGAGAACGUCAGCAGGAUGGGAUGAUCCAAUCGACAAAACAUGUCAAGAAAAAUGGUCUGUUCUUCAAGUGUCGCUGCCAGAACUUCAACUUAUCAAGGUUCCACGAUGUGUUGCAUUUCCUGAUAGUGUCGCUUAUGAAUUGCAUGGCUUCGCUGAUGCAUCAAAUGUGGCUUAUGGUGCGUGCAUCUAUUUGCGAAGCAUUUUCGUUGAUGGUUCUGCACGAUUGCGUCUUUUAUGCAGCAAAUCAAAGGUCGCUCCAUUGCACGAUCUUUCCAUUCCACGGAAGGAACUUUGUGCUGCCCUUCUAUUGACGCAAUUAAUCGCCCAAGUGAUUCCUGCGCUCCAGAUGCCUUUUCGAAGAGUUGUCCUUUGGUCGGACAGUACAAUCGUUUUGGCUUGGCUCAAGAAGCCAUUGGAUCAGCUUCAAACGUUCGUGAGGAAUCGGAUUGCGAUUAUACAAACAGAGACCAAGGAGCAUGAAUGGAAUUAUAUUCGUUCGGCAAACAAUCCCGCCGACAUCGUUUCACGAGGGCAGCUGCCGGAGGACUUGAAACAAAACAUCCUUUGGUGGAAUGGUCCACAUUUUCUGGAGGAGUGCACAUACGAGGUCGACGAAGUUGAAGAAAUUCCCGAGAACAAUCUUCCUGAGCUUAAAGCUCAUGUUGCAACGCCUGAAAGUAGCUGCGACCCUUUUCCAUUCUUUCUGCAUCAUAGUUCGUUUAGGAAAAUCCAACGUAUCAUGGGAUAUGUUUUGAGGUUCAUCAGCAACUGCCGGGGUAUCCGGACAUCGAAUCCGGUGAAACAAAUUCCUCUCACUAUCGUAGAACUUCGUCAAGCAUCAGAAGCAAUCGUGAAAGUGAUCCAGCGUUUGCAUUUCGGCGAUGAAAUUCAACGAGUGAUUUCCAAACAAACAUGUAAGCGUCUUGGCAACCUGAGUCCAGUGUAUGAUAACGGCUUACUACGAGUCGGAGGGCGAUUGGAUCGCUCUAAAUUGCCAUUUGCAUCGAAGCAUCAACUCAUUAUUCCCGACAAAGAUCCUGUAAUAAAGAAAAUAAUUAGUGCGUUGCAUGUAGAACAUCUCCACGUUGGACAAACUGGUUUAAUCAGUGUUAUUCGCCAAAGAUACUGGCUCCUGAACGCGAAAUCUACUGUGCGACAAGUCGCUCGUUCCUGUGUCAAAUGUUUUCGUGUUAAUCCCGUUGAAAUCAAGCAGCUGAUGGGGAAUCUACCGUCGUCAAGAGUCGUGCCAUCACCACCUUCCGCUGUGACUGGGGUGGAUUAUGCAGGUCCGUUCCAAGUGAGACAAGGUUCACAUCGUCCGAUGCUGAUGAAAUCGUAUGUUGCGGUUUAUGUAUGUAUGGCGACGAAGGCUGUGCAUUUGGAAAUUGUAUCGGAUUUAUCAACUGAUGCCUUCCUGGCGUCAUUAAGAAGAUUUGUUAGCAGAAGAGGAAUGGUACAGCAAAUACAUUCGGACAAUGCUACUAAUUUUCACGGAGCGGAGAAUGAACUACACGCGUUAUACCAGCAAUUCCAAGACCAACAAGUAGUGAAGAAAAUUCAACAGUUUUGCCAUGUACGGGAAAUCCAGUGGCAAUUCAUUCCACCGGACGCACCAGAGUUCGGUGGUCUCUGGGAAGCAGCAGUUAAGGCGACGAAAUUCCACCUGAAGCGCAUAGUAGGCAAUGUAAAACUCACGUUUGAAGAAAUGGCGACUAUUCUGACGGAGAUAGAAGCUAUUUUGAACUCUCGUCCAUUGUUCAGUUUGUCCAGUGAUUCAUCAGACCCACAGGUAAUUACACCAGCUCAUUAUUUGAUAGGUCGACCCUUGAAUGCUCCAGCCGAGCCAUCCUUGGAAGAUAUCAAGGUCAACCGACUUGAUAGAUGGCAGCAUCUGCAACUAAUGCGUGAGCAUUUCUGGCGAGCGUGGUCUAGGGACUACCUCAAUACUCUUCAGCCACGUAAAAAAAACCUACAUGUAACAACAAAUCUGCGGCCUGGAAUGGUAAUCCUUCUCCACGAUAAGAACCAACCACCGCUCAGUUGGAAACUGGGCAGAAUCACAGCUGCGUAUCCAGGUGAUGACGGCUUAGUCCGAGCCGUUGACGUAUUCAGCAAUGGAGCAACCUACCGCCGGCCCAUCAACAAGGUUUCAGUUCUUCCUAUCGAGGACAACAUCGUCUCUUCUUCUGUGCCUAGUUCUGUUGAUACGAUGUCUCAACCGGGGGGAGAAUGUUCCGUUCGUCACAGCAGCGACGCCCAAUAUUGA